GCUCGCUGCGCAUGCGCGUGUGGCAAUUCGCAGAUCGGCGAUAUGAACGCGUGGAUCCCACAUGUGGAGCGCGCGUGUGCCAGUGUUAAAGGCGAGACGCGUGGGGAGGUUGGUCUGCCCUUGUGGCGAUCGUGUCGUCCCUGAACGGAAAGCGGCGAAGCGUGGUCGCUUAAUGGCGGUUUCUGCCGCUGGUGUCGUGGCUUUCUUGAGAACCUUCUUUUUCCAUUCUUGCCUUUCCUGCUGAGCCGCGACGCACGCAUCCGGGGUCCAAAAAGCCUCCUCUCUUCCGCCUUACCGUUUCUGUCGUCCCUACGUUAAAGGCCUGCCGCGUUUGCGGUUUUCCAUCGGUUCCAUAAAAGGCGUUCCCUUUGGACUUUGUUUCGAUAAAAUGGAAGGCGCAAUUCCACAGGCAGGCGAAAUGGAGAACGGCGCGACGGUCGGCGCCCCCGUGAGCGGCGUACCCCGUCCUGCUGGCCACAUGGCGCCGCGCGUCGAAAUCAAGUUGUUCGUUGGCCGCGUUCCUCAGUCGAUGGAAGACGCCGCGUUGCGCCCGAUCUUCGAGGAGUUCGGUGAAGUCAAGGAGGCGGUGAUCAUCCGCGACAAGGCGACUGGCAAGCACAAGAACAGCGCCUUCAUCAAAAUGGACUCGAUUGCUGCUGCCGACGCGGCGAUUCGCGGCCUGAACAGCACUCGUAUUUUGGAGCAGAGCAUGGGUCCGAUCACCGUCAAGUACGCCACAGGCGAAGCCGAGAAGCUAGGUUUUGCAACUUCAUCCUGCGAACCCGGUCAGGAUCAGGCGAAGCUCUUUAUCGGCUCGAUUCCCCGGACGAUGACUGAAGACGAGGUGCGCCAGUUCUUCUCCACCUACGGAACUGUCGAGGAGGUUUUCGUCAUGAAGGACAACGUGCAGAACACCGGCAAGGGCUGCUGCUUUGUCAAGUUUGCCUUCAAGGAGGAGGCUCUGCAUGCAGUUCGCACUCUCAGCGGCAAACACACCUUCGAGGGAUGCACCCGCCCCGUCGAAGUCCGGUUCGCAGAGUCGAAGGCUGCCCGACAGCAGCAGAUGAUGAACCAACAAGCCAUGGGAGGCCCGCAGGGCAUGCGCGGUCCGGGUCGCAUGGGCAACAUGGGCGGCAUGGGCGCCAGCAACAUGGGUGGCAUGGGCGGUCCUGCUAUGGGCAUGGGCAGCAGCACGCAGAUGGGUACUCCGAACAACAGCAAUCCGCGAGCAGCUGGUCAGUGGAAGGAAUACUUCACGCAAGACGGUCGCGCGUACUACCACAACGAGUACACCAACGUCACCACUUGGGAUCGGCCCCAGGAGUUCUAUCAACUCCCUCCCGCGCCUCCGCACAUGGGCGGCGCCGGCGGAAUGGCUGCCGGCUCUGGACAGAGCAGCAACGCUGAAGGUCCCCCCGGCGCGAACAUUUUUGUGUUCCACGUCCCGAACGAGUGGACUUACUACGACUUGAUGCAGAACUUUGGGGGCUUCGGCAACGUGGUGUCUGCCCGUGUGGCGACGGACAGAACGACUGGCAGGAACCGAGGAUUCGCCUUCGUCUCCUACGACAACGUGGAGUCGGCCGCGACCGCCGUGAACAACAUGAACGGCUUCAUGGCUGGCGGCAAGCGCCUGAAGGUGUCUGUGAAGAAGGGGGAGGAGCAGUACGUCCAGCACCUGCUUCAACCCCAGAACAACCCGCAGGGCCCUCGCGGCAACGCCGGUGGCAUGCAGCAGCAGUGGGGAAGCGGCUACAGCCAGGGUGGAGGCGUCUAUGGCGGCAGCGGAGGCCAACAGCGCUUCACGCCUUACUAGAUGUUUUAAAAUGGUUCCGUUCCGGAGAAACUCUUCCGGACUCCCGCUCUCUAGGUAGAAAACUGCGUUGUUUCCAAGAGUGUUCUCUCUGUCUCCGACCGCGGACUUAGCGCACACUACUCCGGCGCAGAGAAUCCAGAGGGUUCGGGGUCGUGUCGCGGCUGGCUCGGAGAGCGGGAGAGGCGCAUGCAGUGCGUUGUGAAGACGGGAUGGAGGCGAGAAUGUAGGCGGAAUGCAAAGGGAGGAACAGUCGCUUCUGAACUGGUUGAGUAAUGAGAGAGGGGAGAUCUAUGAGCUCUCGAGUGGAGACACGUCGUUUUCUAAACGCAAAACAGUUCUCAAGUCCCCAAGUGGAAAACGUGCUUCUGGUGGCAAGAGGAAAGGCGCUCGGCAACAGAGCGACUGCGUUUGAAGACGGUCAAUUGGCUGCUCUCAGGAGACGUACAGGUUCGUGGAGUUUCACGCCGCAACGCGGAGACAGGUGCUGUCUCAGCUGUGAAUUCUCGGACUGUAUCGUCACCCCGGGCGAACCCAGCUGGGGAAGGAAAUGGAAGGAGCAGGAGAGAAGACGGAGCACAGGCGCUUGGCGGACCAAGAGAGAAAGGGUAAGCCAUGGAGAUGACUCGCAUAGACGGCAGAUGUCGAGUGGUUGAGGACGGCAGGAAAUCGGUCUCUGCGUGUAUAGACGUCGUACGUGUCUUACACGAUAGAUGGGCCGAGCAGGCGUCCGCCGUGUGGUCGUCGCUCCUGGACGACGUGUGGGGGUUUUGCGGUCUCUCGUGGCGCGAGUCUCUCGUCGCGUUGUUCGGGUGUAGGGAAGACGCAAAACUAUUUCUUUUUAGGCUCGCUGCCUCAGUCUGAGAAGAGGAAACGAUUUCCUUCGCUCGCGAGGAAGGAGAAAGACGUGGAGCAGACGCGCAGCUGGCCGAAGCGUGAGCGGCUUCUGUGUGUGUAGCGGAGCUUAGAAAAUGGGAGUCUUUUUGAGACAGUUCACUCGUUUCUUGAAUUUUCGGUCUACGUUCUUUGCAUGGUGCGCGUGUGAGAACGUGUAACUCUUUUCUGUGUCCGCUUGGAUGCAUGCUUUGUACUUUCGGAGCACCAGCCGUCUCAGGCGACGGGUAAGGAAAAGGCCCUGCUGUCUCGUAAGCACAGUCCCGCGUCGUGUAGCAAACCUGUGGGUGUGUGCUCCCCUGCAAAAUAUGCAGUCCGCAUCCCGCCACGCAAAAUAGUGCACGUGUGGGUUCCUUGUCACUGUCUCGAUUUACUCUUUUGGGCGAGGACCAGAUUAAGUUCUCUUUUGCCCUUGCGUCCAUCUGCGCAGUCUCGCUGCCGCUCUCGGGCAUCUCGAUUCCAGGAUUUGAAUGUUCCGUCGCACACUACGUAUUCUCAAACGUAUGUGAAUCCUCUAUACAGCGGAUGGAAUCCGUCGAGGUGCUAUCCAUGCCGACAUAUACAUUAUAUAUUUAUAUAUAUAUAUAUAUAUACAUAUCUUCCUAGUCGUACCGCAGAGAGUUGCUCUCUGUAAUUGCUAUUUUGUUCAUCACUCGCACAGGUCAACCGUUCCGGUGUACGUACAUUGCGCGUAGUGGACAGUCGAUGGUAGUGACCCGAGCGCAGGUGCAUUUCUCAGUGACGCGACUUAGGGUAGAGAGUGAUUUGCAUUGAAAGCGAUAUAGUGAAACAUAUGCCGCGUUCUGCUCGCCCUUACCCGUUGAGUAGCAGUUGCAUUUCUUCGCGUGGGAACACAAUGUCUGCAACUGCAUAGUAUAUUAUCGACAGCUGGGGGGUUUGUUCGAGGUACACACGUCGAGUGAACGUACUCAUUCGCGCCUACUGGCUUCGCACGUGCACGUGUAGUCAAUUGGAGUGGAAAGUAGAUGCUUAUCGAGCGAAUCGCGUCCCCGAAUCUGCUGCCUGUACCGAGCUGUACGCCGUACUAUUUUGUACUAUUCUCCCUCUGCCCUCGUUAUCCGACACGUUGUGUGCGACGACCGGGUGCGCACUGUCCACAUCAGUCACGCGUAUUCCUCUUAUGAAUCUACAGGGACAACAGGUUCCAUGUGCCAUGCGAAGAUGUACUUCGUACGCAUCAUUGAAAGGUAUCUUAACCACAAUUGUACAGUCUCAGUUCCACAAAUGGAGGCUUCGUGUCAUACACAGUGUGUCAGUUUCAGUGGAAACAGAUGUCAGGGACACAGUGACUUGUCACCGCGCUAUCUUCUAGGCACAUACAUGCUUAAGAGCGGAAAUGCAGUUUGCGUAAUCGUCCGUCCGUACGUUUUCAAUUAAUGUAGUCGUUCAGGAAACUUAGUACAGCGUAUGAGGUAGUUAUGUUACGCUUCGUUUUUUCUAAACGUCUCCGGCGAUGCGGAAUUCUACAUCGUUCCCGUUGCACCGCAGUGGCGCGUGGACGUUCAGAUGCAGACGAUCUGAAUGCCCCGUAUUGACGAGGUAUACCUCUCUGGAGCGUUUCACAAUUCCCUUUGUCUCCAGAGAGAUAUUUGCAGAGGUGGCACGAUCGAGUAGUUGUUUUACUUGAUCUUACUGCUUCUAAAUGCGAACUUAACGGCUUGUCAAACUGGCUUUUCGUUCAUCCACGUUGCCACUAGUUGGCCGCUGUGGCGGUUAACCAUCGAUUGGCCGAGACAUCGACAAACUCCCCCCAUGCGAAAAAAGGGAUGUGUUCUACAAGCAAACGCAAAACGUUUUUGUAGAUGUUUUAGCCACGUGCUUCUAGGUUGAACAGAGGAGAGCGUGGCACAGUCCGUCGCAGCCGAUGGUGGGCGCCUUCGUUUACAGCUAUAUGUUGGCGCUGGUUUUCAGUUGGCAGGUCUCAACCAGAGGUACAAGGUCAUUCGAGUGCGCAGGGUCUGGACGGACUGCAGUUAAACGAAUACAGGAUAUUCGUGUGAUGAGCGGAGGCGAUGCGGGCAGCGUCGUAAAUACUUUGUCCGCUUGUCUCUGACGUUUUGUAGUUCCCCGCACACACAAAGCUUGUCCUCGUUUUCGCGUCAAGAAUCACGUUCUCUGGACAUGUUUGCUGUUAACCACCUCGACCCCGUCGUCGGCCGGAUCGUCGCAAGGAACACUGGCAGAGGAAAUGUGUCUAUAUGAGGCACGUCCCUCUCUGCAUCACAUGAAUUGCCUUCGCCACAGAUGUCGUGGUCUUGCUCUGAGGGAUGACGGUGUCACUGUGUCUCUCUCAGACUUCGUCAGAUCUAAGGUCCUCAAAACGGUUAGGUAAAGCAGGUUGGAAUAAAUGACCUAGCUUCGUUACUUGAGGUGAUGGUACGAUUGAGGUUAGGCCGCUCUAGCAGCGCUGAGGAGUACUGUCGCAAAUGUGUAUAUCCGUUAACGAGGACAAGUCGUCACACAAACACUUGGGGAAUUAACCAGGUUUUUACUCGCUGUCAGUUGGUACGAGUAUGGCACUUGCUGAACUGUGAACUGGCACUAACGUGAUCGAAUAUCUCACAUUUGGGGCGGAGAUCGAGUUGUCUCCCUCCCUGGAGCCUCACUGUGAAGUGCAUGAGUUUUGGGUCUGCUUGAUUUGAAAACGCAGAUAGCGAAUGUCAAUGUUAGCUGUAGAGCAUCCCGCUAACUGAUUUAUUUCAGCGAGGAAUUAUCCACGGUGUUUUCCACAUGUAAUGCAUGUGUAUGUUGUACUGAUUGACUGUCGCCUGUUGCACCUGAGACUUACAAAUACGCCCCUCCGUAUCCAAAUCUCGACAAUGUACCAAAAUCAAAACGUCUGUCACUAAGAUAAAAGUCGUACAUCCCCGAGAGAUGUAGGUGCUUUGUCAGAAAACGGAUAAAUUGCAUAACAACGCAGUCACUACCAAGUCUAUGGACAAGAAGAGCUGUUGAACUCCCCUGCCCAAGCCGGAAUC